AGAAACCCUCUACACAGAUUUUCCAACAGGUGAAUCAUCAUGUUCUGGUACUAUUCCGUCCACUAAACAAACUCCACCGGAUAAUGCACACGAGGUCGUCUACACAGUAAAUCUGCAACUACCUCAGUUCAAUCACAAGUCACUGGAUCUAUGGUUCGCAAUAGCCAAGGCGGAUUUCGGUGCAAAUCGUAUAACAAGUGAUGCACAAAAAUACGUCCAACUCCUCAAAGCUUUACCCUAUCAAAUUGCAGAACAGUUACAGGACAUUUUGCAGAAACUUUUAAAUGAAAGGGUUGUUGGUGAUAAACGACCCUCACAACUGUUACGCGAAAUGAGAGUACUAGCUCAGGAUUCUGUGCAGGAGGACGUGCUUCACCAACUCUGGACCGAACGUCUCCCACCUAAAAUACGUCCGUUGCUAAUAAUAUCAGAAAAUCUAGGUCUCAACGARCUUGCUGUAAUGGCAGACAGACUUGUGGAUAACUUGGACUUACUUCCGGUAAUGGCUGUACAUGGUGCAGAUACAACCGGUCACGACAAGCACUCCGGUAGCAUAACAACUCCACAAACAGAACGACAGUUACUAGAAAUCAACACUGCUUUAAAAGACUGCCAAAAUUGUUUAGCCAACCUACAAGUAAGUCAACAGCUCAUUCAAAAACAACUGUAUGAGAUGCAGUCUCAGCAGCARCAACAACAACAGAACAUAAACCAACUACAAAACUCAUUACGAUACGAAAACCGUGCACGUUCGAGACGGAGAUCACUAGCACCUAACCGCAACGGCACUUGUUACUACCACACAAAAUGGGGUAACGACGCUCACCGAUGCACGCUUCCUUGCAACUUCAAGUCCUCAGCCAACAACCAGGGAAACUAG